UAAAGUGGCACAUGUCGGCGUACCUCUCGAGAACCAAAGGCGCGGAACUACCCACAGUCCAAGAUGACCCACUUCUGCAGAGUAUCCAAGUACCCGCUGGUAUUUUCGAAUGCUGCACAGGGCCACGAAAGCAUCGGAAGCCAUUUGCCACAUUCCACGAGGCGUACCCUUGGGAAUCGAUUCGGAUGCCCUGUCCCGCUCAUCUUUGAUGCGUGGCAGAAAGUGCAGCACCUCGUCCAGAACCUCGACCUUCUCCUCUUCUAGUCUCCCUUCACCGCCAUCGUCCCCAACGUGGAACAUGAAGCCACUCCCUUCGGGUCAGGAGGAUCUUUCUCACCGGAUUGUUCACAUAAACCCGCGCACGCCAUCAACUCCUCAUGCGGCUCAUUCUCUUUUGACACCACGCUUAUCACAUCUACCUAAGGAACCAGUGAAACCAGCGUCUUGGAUGGCGGAGCAACUCACGCCCAUAUCGACCCCCCGCCCUAGUGUUCCGCCAGACAGUCGCGAUGGUCUCUCCUACGAGAUGUGCCCCCGCACUCCUUCAUAUGGCCACUUGCAGAGCAGCGCCAGUCACACGCAAUCCUCCAAUCACACGAGAGAAUACCGUAUCGCCAGCGUGUCCAAUGAUUUCCUUCCCGUCAUAAAUGAUUUCCAAACCCGCUCUUUCACACCUCAACAUUAUCAUACACCUCAACAGAAUCUCACGUAUCCCUUGCAUGGGCCUUCUCCAAUUUCGGCAUCGGACCCAGGCCCCAUUUCGUAUGCUCCUCGCACAGCUGCAGAUCGUGAAGCACUGGCUUCAUUCGGACAAAUAUUCUAGCAUAUCCUACACAAAUAUGCUGUUGUCCCAUCCUCUAAAUGGUUACCUGUAUGAGACGCUGUAUCUUGGUUAUCUCUUGGACCAGCAUCGCUUUCAAAUCCCCAUACAAUUCUCCGCUUUAGCGACCAGUUACUUAAACGCUCUUUCCCACUCAGUUAUGAUAAGCUACCAAUUUUGCUUCCGCUUCCCCUUCAGUCAUACACAAACGAGAAAGUGGAAACUCCUCAACACGAAUGGGAUACAUUAACGUAUAAUUGACAUUCCGGCAUAUUUACGUUCUUGGAUCUCAUUGCCUUUGCCUCAUUGUUGUGUUCC